AUGGCGUUAACAAAUGAAAAAAGCGGCAAUACCUCCACCGGUGUGGACGCACCGAAGUCUUCUGGUGAUGACUUGCCACAGCCAAUCAAUCACGAGCCCCAAGAAGAUGAUAUUGAGAAACCGCCCUUCCUUUUCACUUCGCAAGCUUCCGGUGGGUCAGAAGAGGCCUUGGACAGUGACGAUCCUCGGCUUAAGGACAUACCCGCUUACGUUCGCCGGGUGGUCAGUUUCUCAGACGAUCCAGAGCUGCCUACUCUGACCUUCCGUUACUUCGUACUUACCAUACUGUUCGUGAUACCCGGGGCAUUUCUCAGUAUGAUGAGCCACUAUCGCACCACCUACGCCCCAUACUCAGUCUUCUUUGUGCAAAUCGCAUCGAGCUAUGCUGGGGUUUGGUUACACCAAAUUCUCCCUGCAUGGAAUGUCAAGGUUCCAUUUACUCCUUGGAGUUUCAAUUUGAACCCAGGACCAUUCAGUGUCAAAGAGCAUGUCCUCAUAACAAUAUCGGCGGCUUCAGGCGCCACCUAUAACCUCGGAUAUGCCCCCAUAUCAAUGGCUGAACUGUACUUUGGUCAGAGAGUACACCCAGCUGUUGCCAUAUUCUUCAUGUGGGGGAUUGUUUGGACAGGAUAUAGCUUUGCGGCUAUCGGCAGGCAAUUUUUAAUCUAUGAUCCUCAAUACCCUUGGUUCACAUCAUUGUGCCAGACUGCUCUCUUUGAGACACAGAAGAAACAACGCCAAAAUCCAACUACCUUAUCUCGCCGCCAAACGAAAGUCUUUUUCAUUGCUUUACUUGGUAUGACAUUAUGGCAGUUUCUUCCCGAGUUCGUAUUUCCGAUGCUUGGCUCACUCGCAUUUCUUUGUUGGGUUGCUCCGAACAACGCCGUUGCGAAUUUUAUUGGGGGAGGCUUUGGCGGGAUGGGAUUCCUCAAUCUUUCAUUGGACUGGUCGAGCAUAUCAAAUCUCAAUGGCACUACCAGCUUAUUCCUCACGCCUUGGUGGACGCAGGUUGUUAUGUUCUUUGGUUUUGCCACCAGCUGCUGGAUCCUAUUACCUGCGGCAAAGUUUGGGGGGCUGGGGCAGUGGCAUCACAAGCUGAUGUCAAACCAGAAUGGAACGACCUAUCCGAUAAAUGAUGUUCUCACUUCCGAAGCUACAUUUAAUGAGACCGCAUACGCCGAGAUUGGUGUGCCGUACGUUAGUACCCACGUCCUCUGGUCUAUGUCUUACACAUCUGCGAUCUCCUGGAUGGCAAUCUUUGGCUACAAGCAGAUCCGCAGUAGUUUAUCUAAGUUUCAUGAGAGAGCCACGAGGAAGGGAGCGAAAAUCAGCGAGCAGUACGACGAUCAGCUCAGCAUCCUACAGCGUUCCUAUGAGGAAGUUCCCUUCCUGUGGUUUGCCAUUCUAUUUGGUGUGUCAUUUAUUGCGCUGGUCACAAUUGUUGCUACGGGGAACCUUUAUAUCCCUAUCUGGACAUAUUUUGUAGCCGUUGGCACGGGAGCUGUGCUUGUCGUUCCUCUCGGCUGGUUGUACGCACUAUCAAAUUUCCAGCUACCGAUCGGCACCACCAACGAGCUGCUUUAUGGCUUGAUGGUUAACGCCGUAAAUGGACACAAGAACCCAACAGGCGCUUCCGUCUACGGCAGUAUUGCCGGCAAUGCUUGGUACAGAGCACAGCUGAAUCUUCAGGAUAUGAAGAUAGGGCAUUAUAUGCAUAUCCCUCCCAAGGCAGUAUUUUUCUCGCAGGUGUUUGGAUCCUUUCUAGGUAUCCCGAUUAAUUACGCUGUGAUAAGAUGGGUACUCGACACGAAGUUUGACUACCUGACGGGCGAGAAGGAGGAUCCUACUCAUCAAUGGACGGCACAGAGCUUGGCCUCCAACUUGACAAUGAGCGUCCAGUAUGUGCUUAUCGGACCCCGCCGCCUAUUUCAAACACACAUCUACAAAAUCAUCCCUUACGGCUUCCUCGUCGGAGCCGUGGCCCCGGUCAUCUUUUUUAUCUUGAACCGAUACUUCCCACAGGCUAAGUUCCGUCUUUGGAACACGACCAUCUACUUUUCCGCCAUGUCUACAUUCUACGGGAACAUCAGUACUGGCUACUUUAGUAGUUUUGUAGGCGGUUUCGUGGUCAUGUUCUGGGCCUACCGCUACCGCUACGAGAUGUGGGCGAAGUGGAAUUAUAUCCUGGCUGCAGCUUUUGACGCCGGCUUCAACUUCAAUAUGCUACUAAUCUUCUUGUUCUUUGGUGCGGGUAAGAUUAUCAACAUGCCGCAUUGGUGGGGGAACGAGGAGGCAAGUAGUGAGCGGUGUUUUGCCCUGGAUUGA